ACUGAAAAAUUUGAAUUGCCCGCCAAGAGCUGUCAAAUCUGACAGUUGAUAGCCAUAACGAUAACUCCAUAUUCGAUAUAUUCAGAAAUCGGGCAUAAGAAUAAGUAAAUUAACUUAUUUCUCAGGUUUUUCGGAUUUUUUGGCUUUUUGCGAUGCCAGCCGACCAAAUCCAGUACUCGGAGAAGUACUUCGACGACAACUUUGAAUACAGGCACGUAAUCCUUCCUCCGGAUCUGGCCAAACAUGUGCCCAAGGCGCACCUGAUGACCGAGACGGAGUGGCGCAACCUGGGCGUGCAGCAGAGUCCCGGCUGGGUGCACUACAUGGUCCAUGCCCCGGAGCCGCAUGUGAUUCUCUUUCGACGCAAACGCAUUCCCGCGGAGGACGCGCCACAGGUGGCCGCCGCCAACGCGGCCCAGGCCAUCGCGAAUCUGUGCGGUUAGCCAGGA